AUGGAAUUUAGUUGGCGCGGGCUUAUUACAAGAAGUGGGCCUCGGUCGGUCGCCGAUGAGAGGCAAUCGGACGAAACCGCCGAUAAAUCACACAGAACGAUCAAAGUUCCUCGUCCAUCAACAACAAGUCGGAAUAACAACGUCGCACCGGGAUAUGUCUCUCGGGCGAAAACAAUCACAUUCACAAUCGAUAACAACGCACCGAAAGUCUUCAGGGGCGGGGCGGCUAGUUGCGGUAGAUAUAGGCGCAGGCUUGGGGUGCGGGGGGCGGUGGCGUGGGGGGCCUUUCGCCCGAAGGUGAAGGCGAAGACGACGGCGGUGACGGAGACGACGACGAUCCGCUGCCGGUCACGCUGCCCGAACCGCUGCUGCGCUGCGACACUGGAAAUCGUUAACGGCACAUAA